GCUUUUCCGUUUAAAAUAGAUUGAACAAAUGAGGAACGAGCUACUUCAGGAAAGAGCUACAAAACAAGAUUUGGAGUGUGACAAGAUUUCAUUGGAAAGGCAGAACAAAGAUUUGAAAAGCCGAAUCCUUCACCUUGAAGGCUCUUAUCGGUCCAGCAAGGAAGGGCUUGUUGUUCAGAUGGAAGCAAGGAUCCUGGAGCUAGAAGAGAGACUUGAAAAUGAAGAGAGGGAUCGGGCUAAUCUGCAGGUCAGCAAUCGCAGACUUGAAAGGAAAGUGAAGGAGUUAGUGCUGCAAGUUGAUGAUGAACAUCUCUCACUGACUGACCAGAAGGACCAGCUGAGUUUGCGUUUGAAAGCAAUGAAACGUCAGGUUGAAGAAGCUGAAGAAGAAAUAGACCGACUGGAAAGUGCCAAGAAAAAGCUUCAGAGGGAAUUAGAAGAGCAAGUAGACAUGAAUGAUCAAUUACAAGGACAGCUUACUGCUAUGAAGAAGGAAUUAAGUAGGCGGAAGAAAUCACCAAGUAAAAUACUGACUGAUUUUGAUGAAGAUGAUGAUUUCAGUACAGAUGGAGAGAGUCUCUAUGAAGCACCUUCAGGAUAUAAAUUCUCAAAAGAAGAUGACACAAAAAGCUAAAACUAAAUUGAAUGAGUGAUUCUAUGAAACAUUCUGUCUUAACGCUCAUCAAUUACUAUUCUUUUAAGCCAUUGGGAAAAAGCUCCGUUAAUAUUGCAGCUACCUCCAGGUACACUAAACUGUAAACAAAUAAAUAAAUCGUAUCA